UAGCAUAAAAACUAAUCAAAAUAAAUCUAAAUUACGUGUAAAAAAAAAAGGUAACAAAAAACAAAAUAAAAAAAAAUCAGUGAUAAAAAAAAUUUACAUAUGUGUGUGACAGCCGGUUCCAUUUUCACGUUACUCAUAUGUGAUUAUAAAAAAAUAAAAAUAGUGUUAAAAUAAUAAAUACAUACGCAAUAUUAACCAAUACACACUUAAUAAUAAUCACAUAUACAUAUCCUUAAUCCUUCAUAUACCCCCUUCGUGUUUCUCUCCUCAUCAGAGAGUGUCUCUCCUCAUCUCUCCUAUAUAUUUUUUCUCAUAUAAUGUUAAAAAAAAAAAACGGAAGAAACACGUAUGUGUUUACAUAUUCUAAACACAUACCUCAAUAAAUAUAUAUAUAAAUUUUUUAUAUACAUACAAAUACAUACGCACCAGUUACUUUUAUCAUCUAGAGAGACUUUCCUUCCUUCCUUUUCCUAUACUCAAAAAUAAAUAAAAAAAAAAAGUACUCGUGAAGAAGAGACUACUAUCAUCUGUAACAAAAAAGAAAUUUACAAAAAAAAAAAAAAAAAAAAAAACACUUGCAAACACAUACACAGAGAUACUGUUUCUUUUUAUUUUCUGGUUCCAUGGUUUUUAAAGAGAUUAUAUUUUUAAACGUGUGAUUAACAAGUCUGGAACAAGCUUAAAAAGAAAUAAAAUUAAGCAAAGAAAUAAUAGUUGAGCUUUGAGAAGGAAUAAAAAAAGAAAAAUCAACUGCCUAUUUUAAUGAAAUAUAUGCUAAUAAAUAUAUAUCUUCAUGACACAUCUUCAAUGGACACAAAUAAAUUUUCAUGACAAUAGGUUUAAAUAACUGUCGAGAGCUGGUUAUCUCGAUAAUAAAGUUUAAAAGUUGUAUGACAGUUUUGUUGAGUACUGUUGUAUAAAUAAUUUUAAAUAGAAAUAAAUAAAUAAGAAAAAAAAAACAAAAAAGUAAAUAUCAACAAACAACAAGAGCAACAAAAAAAAAAAAUACUCGAAAAAUAACUAUUUUAAUUUAUUAAUUUAUUUUUAUUUUUUAUUAAUCAAGUGAUUAUGAUUUUGAACAAAUACAUAUAAUAAAUAAUAACAAUGUUUAAAGUGUAAAGAAACAAAAAUUAAAAAAAAAAAAAAAGGAAUUAUAAUUUUUUUAAAAAAGUGGAAUAAUAUAUUAGAGUGACAUUUACAUCAAAAUGUGUGAAAGAUAUAAACACACGGACAAGUGGAUAAAUGUCAUUGAAAAAUCAAGGAAAGGAAUAAUUUUUAAGUACUUUAUGGAUGACAGAGGACAGUCUUACUAACCCUACAAUAUCCAAGGGUUAAUCGAAAUGGAAAAUAGUGCCUCAAGUGUAGUACAAGUAUUCGUGGGUGAAUGGAGCCCAGAAUACGAGGCACUAUCAAUAAAAGCAACAAAACAAACAACAUCAUCUGAAAUAGUUGAAUGUAUUAUUGAUAGAUUGGGUCUUGUUGAUAUAAAUAUAAAAAAUAUAUUAGCUGGUUAUGAACUUGCUGAAGUUGUUGUACAAUAUGAUAAAAAUAUUGGUAAUUUAGGUGAACAAGAAUGUAAAGAAAGAAGACUUGGACCAAGUGAAUGUCCAGUAGCACUUAUGUUAUUAUGGCCAAAAAGUAUAACACAACAACAAGAACAUUACAGAUUUUAUUUACGUAAAAAACAAACAGAUUAUUUAUGGUCAAAUAGUAGAUUUCCAAUGGAUCCACAAUUAUUAAAAGAUUAUUUUAAUAGAUUUUUAUAUCAACCACGUGAUAAAGAAUAUCCAGAUCUUUGUCAAUUACCAGAUUUAAAUGAACAAACAUUAUUGGAUAAUUUACGUGCACGUUUUUUAGCUGGUAAUAUAUAUACAUAUGUUGGUAGUAUAUUAAUAGCACUUAAUCCAUUUAAAUUUUAUCCAAUAUAUAAUCCAAAAUAUGUUAAAUUAUAUCAAAAUCGUCGUCUUGGUACUGAUAUACCACCACAUAUAUUUGCAAUUGCUGAUUCAGCAUAUCAUUCAAUGCUUAAAGAAAAAAAAAAUCAAUGUAUUGUUAUUAGUGGUGAAUCUGGUUCUGGUAAAACUGAAUCAACAAAUUUUUUAUUACAUCAUUUAACAGCAUUAAGUCAAAAAGGUUCACAUGGUAGUGGUGUUGAACAAACAAUAUUAAGUGCUGGACCAGUUUUAGAAGCAUUUGGUAAUGCUAAAACAGCUCAUAAUAAUAAUAGUAGUAGAUUUGGUAAAUUUAUUCAAGUUAAUUAUAAAGAAAAUGGUAUGGUACAUGGUGCUGUUGUACAAAAAUAUUUAUUAGAAAAAUCAAGAAUUGUAUCACAAGGAAAAAAUGAAAGAAAUUAUCAUGUAUUUUAUUAUUUAUUAGCUGGUGCAAAUGAACAAGAAAAACAAUUAUUACAUUUAAAAAAUUAUGAUUCAUAUAAUUAUUUAAAUAAAAGUGGUUGUUAUGGUCUUGAAAAUAUUGAUGAAAAACAUGAAUUUUCAAGAUUAAAACAAUCUAUGGAAAUGGUUGGUUUUACACCAGAAAAACAAAGAAGAUUAUUUGCUGUAUUAUCAGCAGUAUUAUUAUUGGGUAAUGUUGAAUUUCAACCACGUAAAUCAUAUCAUCAUCAUGAUGAAGCUGUUGGUGUUAAAAAUCCAGAUGUUGUUGCAUUAAUAUCAGAAUUAUUAAGAGUUAAACAAGAAACAUUAUUAGCAGCAUUAACAGCUAAAAGAGCAAGAGUAUCUGGUGAAACAUUAGUUAUUAAUUAUCGUUUACCUGAAGCAAUUGCUGCUAGAGAUGCUAUGGCUAAAUGUUUAUAUGGUGCAUUAUUUGAUUGGAUUGUAUUACAAGUUAAUCAUGCAUUAUUAUCAAAAAAAGAUACAUUAAAAGAUCAUCAAGGUAAUAGUAUUGGUGUACUUGAUAUAUUUGGAUUUGAAGAUUUUAAAACAUGCAAUAGUUUUGAACAAUUAUGUAUUAAUUAUGCAAAUGAACAAUUACAACAUUAUUUUAAUCAACAUGUAUUUCAAUAUGAACAAAGAGAAUAUAGAAAACAAGGUAUUAAAUGGACUGAUAUUGGAUACAGUGAUAAUUCUGGUUGUCUUAAUUUAAUUGAAGGUAAACCAAAUGGUCUAUUAUGUUUACUUGAUGAUCAAUGUAAUUUUCCUGGUGCAACAAAUGAAACAUUAUUACAAAAAUUUAAUUCAGUACAUAAAGAUAAUCAAUUUUAUGAAACACCACAAAGACGUGAAGCUGCAUUUGUUGUUAGACAUUAUGCUGGUGCUGUUAAAUAUCAAGCAUCAAAUAUGAGAGAAAAAAAUUUAGAUCUCAUGAGACCAGAUGGUGUUGUUGGUGUAUUGAAAAAUUCAUCGUUAGCAUUUGUCAGAGAAUUAGUUGGAGCUGAUCCAGUUGCUGUAUUCAGAUGGGCAAUAUUAAGAGCAUUUUUUAGAGCACAUUUUGCAUUUCAAGAAGCUGGACGUGCACAUCGUCAUGGAAGAGCUGAUGGAAAUAAAAAUUCAGUCCAAAAUCGUUACAGAACACCAAAUGAAAGUCUCGUUAGUUCUCACAAACAUACUCGUCCAUCCAGUUAUCAGAAGCAACGAAGUGUCUGUUUACCAUCACCAACAACAACACCGACAACAACUGCCACAACAACAUUAACACAAAAAAAUGAAAACAACGACAAUAUCAAUAACAAUCGAUUAUCAUGGCCACAAUUUAGAAAUGUUAAUCAAACUCAACAACAAAAUACAACAAAUGUUAUCAACAAGACGAAGGGUUAUGCAUUAAAGUUCAGGGAUGAACAGCAUAAUUUUAAUAAUAAAUUAAGACGGGAUACUCAUACACCACUUGAGAGGGUACUUCCAAAAGACGAAGCAAAUGUCAUGGAACGUGCUAAUCAAAUUGUCAUGAAAAAUAAAUCAUUUCGACCAAGGGAACGUGGUAAAAAAAGUUUAAAAAAUUUACAAACAGUUAAAACACUUGCUGGAAGAACUCAAAGUUAUGGUACUGGUGGUCCAGGAAAAGCAAGAAAACAACCAAUGACAGUAUCAGCUCAAUUUCAACAUAGUUUACACAGUUUAAUGGAUACAUUAAAUCAAGCAAAUCCAUUUUUUAUACGUUGUAUUAAAAGUAAUUCAAAAAAAAAUCCAAAUGAAUUUGAUGAAGAAACAGUACAACGUCAAUUACGUUAUACUGGAAUGUUAGAAACAGUAAGAAUACGUCAAGCUGGUUUUAAUGUACGUUUAACAUAUGAAGAAUUUAUUCAAUUAUACAGAAUGUUAUUACCAAAUGGUUUAAUUAGUUCACAAAGUGAUGUACGUGAUUUUUUAUUAACACUUAAUUUAAAUAAAGAUAAUUAUCAACUUGGUAAAACAAAAGUAUUUUUACGUGAAUCAGAAAAACUUAAACUUGAUAUUGAAUUACAUCAACAAAUAAUAACAAGUAUAACAACAAUACAAAAAUGGUUUAGAGCAUGUCUUGAACGUAGAAAAUUUUUACGUAUUAAAAAUGCUGUUGUUACAAUACAAUCAUUUUGUCGUAUGAUUAUUGCCCAAAAAAUUGCUCACAAUAUACGUACUAAAAUUGAUGCAGCAAUAAAUAUACAAGCAGCAUGGCGUUGUUAUCGUCAAUAUACAUGGUUUAAAAAAUUUAAAUUAUGUAUUAUUAAUUUUCAAUCAUAUGUACGUGGUAAUAAUGCACGUAAAAAAUAUUGUGAAUUAAAAAAAUCAAAAAAAGAUAAAAUAUUUCGUACUGAUAUUAAAUUAGAAGGUUCAUUACUUGAUGAUAAUAAAUUAUUAUCUGAAAUUAAUAAAAUUUCAUCAUCUUUAUCAACACGUAAAUCUGAAAGUAAUAUUAAUGAUUUAUCAUAUUUAAAACAACAACAACAAAAAUCAUCAUCAUCAUUAUCAACAAUAACAACAUCAACAAAUAAACGUACUAUUAAUUCAACAAAAAAUAUUGAUAAUUUUAAUAAUCAAGAUGAUUGUAGCAGUAGUAGUAGUAAAAGUUAUGAAUCACAAUUAAGUGUUGAUAGUAAUGAAUCAAAUUUUUCACAUGAUAAUUUAAAUUUAAAACCAAUACCAAGUGCACGUACAAAACGUAAUGAUCAAGCAUCAUUAUCAUCAGCAACAUCAUCUUCAUCAUCAACAAUUAAUUUAAAUACAACAAGUAGAACAUCAUUAAUGAGUAAAAGAACAGAUAGUUCAUCAACUGGUUAUAGUGAUGGUGAAACUGAUGGUGAUACAACAAAUGUAUUAUGUACACCACCAUCAUCUGUAUUUAAUACAUCAACAUUAUCAUCAUUUAGUCCACGUGAUAUUAAAUAUCAACAAAAAACAGGAUAUCUAUCGUCAUCAUCAUCAUCACAAAGUCCAAAUUCUGAUAUUUGGCGUAAAAAAAUUGAUUACAAUUAUACUGAUAAACCAAUAGCAACACCACCACCAACAACAACAUCAUCAUCAACAAUAAACAGUAUACAAAAACCAUUAGUUACAAGAUCACCAAAUAUAUCACAAUAUCGUCAUUUAACAGAAACAUUAUUAGAACAAGCACGUCUUGAAAGAUUAAAUGAAGCAUCAAAUUUAAAUAUACAUGAUGAAUGUGGUAUUAGUGGUGGUGGUGGUAGUAGAUUAAAUAAAAGUGAUGCAUUUAUUUAUCAUGAACAACCAAGACACCAUCAUCAACAACAGUUUCAACAACCAAGAAGAUUAUCUGAUAAUUCUGGUGAUAGAUUAUUAGAUAAUACAUCAUCAUCAUCAUCGUCAUCAUCACCAUCAAAAAUAUUACGUGAAUCAAAUGAAUUUAAUUAUUUAAAACGUCAAAAUUCAGAAGGUGAUACUUCAUUAAAAUUAGAUGGUUUAUUAUUAGAUAAAAUAAGAGAUGAUGAUUUACAAACAAAAGAAAAGACUGAACCUGAUGUGCCAGUUAGAAGUGUCAGAAGAAAUCGUCUAGGUAGAGAAUAUAUAUGUCGUUCAAUGGGUGAAAAUAUGAUUGAACAAACACAAAAUGAAGCAAGAAAUAUAUUAUUACGUACUAUUAAUGAAGGUGAACAAAAUAUAUUAAAAAUACCAUCAAGAACAGUUACUGAUUGGCCAAGUAAAAAUGAAGGUUCAUAUAAACCACAACAACAACAACAACAACAACAACAAAAAUUACAAUUACAAAUUGGUGGUGGUAUUGGUACUGGUGGUAAACGUAUUAAAACAAUAACAACAACAACAGCAAUGACAACAACACCAAUUGGUCUUGAUUUAAAAAGACGUAAUUCUGAUCCAGCAACAAAAUCAACAUCAGUUGUUAAUAUUAUUGAUAAUAAUAUUAUUAUUAAUGAUAAUAAAAGAAAUAAUUGUGAUGCUGUAACACCAAUUGAUUUAAAACCAGCAAUUGGUUUAGGUGUACUUAGAUGGAAUAGUAAUAAUGCAUUUACACUUGCUGGUCAUCAUUUUCGUAAAUUAGUAAGAUCAUCAAAAGAUGAUGUAUGUAUAUGUUGUCAUGAAAAAAUGGAUGCAUUUGCUGCACAAGGUUAUAAAUGUAAUGAUUGUAAACAAUCAUAUCAUGUUAAAUGUAUACAAAAUAAUGGUCUAAGUAAAAUGACAUGUCCAUCAACAAAUAUACAAAAUAAUAGACGUAAAAAUCGUAAUAAAAAUCGUAUUGUAUAUGAUGCAAUAAAACAAACAGUAACAUCAAAAUUUAGUUUAACUGGUACAUCAGCAUUUUCUGAUAGAACUGAUAAAAUAAUAUCAGAUGCUCAAGAAUUAGCAUUUAUGCAAGAUUUUAUAACUAAAAAAAUAUUUACAAUUGAACAACAAGAAGAGGGUAAACAACCAAGUGAAGUUGAUCGUGUAUUUAAACAAGCAUUAAGAAAAUUUAAAGAUGAUCUUGUUAUAACAUAUAGUGUUGCAAUACAACAAGGUGUUGAUGGUGGUAAUCUUAAAUAUACUGAUCUUAUUACAAAUUUUUUACGUGUUAUGGAAACAGUAUGUAAACAAGAAAAUACACGUGAAGAUUUUCCUGUGACAAUGGGUGUUAAUGCAUUUCGUGGUUUUAUGAAUGAAUUUAUGUCACUUGUUAAAACUGAAAUACCAAAACAAUCAAAAAAUAAACGUAAAAAAGAAAAAAAACGUAAACAAGAAGAACCAACAAAACAUGGUAAUCAUAUGUUUCAAUUAACAAUAAUAAAUAUACCAACAGCAUGUGAAGUAUGUUCAUCAUUUUUUUUAUGGCCAAUUGAACGUGGUCUUGUUUGUCAAAAUUGUAAAUUAACAUGUCAUAAAAAAUGUUAUAAUGGUGCACCACUUGAUUGUGGUAAAGAUGGUACAAUAAAUGAUAUUAAUUGUCGUAAAGUAUUUGGCAUACCAUUACAUAAAUUAGUUUUUUGUGAUAUGAAAAUACCACUUGUUGUUAAUCGUUUAAUGGAAACAAUUGAAAUGCAUGGUUUAUAUACUGAAGGUUUAUAUCGUAAAAGUGGUGUUAGUUCAAAAGUACGUGAAUUAAAAAUUAAAAUUGAUGAAUAUGAUUUAGAUAAAAUUGAUUUUAGUGAUUAUCAAGUACAUGUACUUGCUGCUGUAUUAAAAAGUUUUUUUCGUGAUAUGCCUGAGCCAUUAUUGACAUUUGAGCUAUAUGAUGAUUUUUUACAUGCUGGUAAUUUAACAAAUGAACAUGAUCGUGUUAGUACAUUAUUUGCAAUAUUAAAAAAAUUACCAAAACCAAAUUUUGAUUUAAUGGAAAGAUUAAUAUUACAUUUAGCACGUGUUGCAUUACAAGAAGUUGCUAAUCGUAUGUCAUCAUCAGCAUUGGCUAUUGUAUUUGCACCAUGUAUAUUACGUACAAAUAGAACAUUACCAGCACAAGAUUCAUUACAAGAUGUUGGUAGACAAACAAAAUGUAUUGAAACAAUAAUACAAGAAAAAUUACGUUUUUUAUGUAUUACACUUGAAGAUAUUAGUACACUUGAUACAGCAUGUCAAGCAGCAACAAAUCGUUUAUCAAGUUUACGUUCAUCAAAAAUAUUUAGUCCAGAAGAAUUAAGUGUAACAUCAACAUCAAAUAUUAAUACACGACAUAUUGGUGGUGAUCGUGAUUGUGAUCGUAGUGGUGGUGAUGAAGAAGAAGCAUUACUUGUUGGACAAAUACAAACAAUACAAAAACAAAAAACAUUAUUAACAUCAACAUUACCAAGUUUAACAAGAGCAUCAUCUGAUGAUGAUUUAUUAUUAUCUGCAACUGAUCUUGAUGAUGGAUCACUUGAUGAUCUUUUGCCACCAUCAACAGAAACCGUACUGAGAAAAAAAAUAAUUAAUCGCCAAAAUUCAGCAGACAAUUCUUUUCCAACAAUCAUAAAUGAAGACUUGGUAAUGGUAUGACCUACUUAUAUUAAUAAAUUAUAAAAAAACUGUGACGAAAAAAACCAACCAACAAACAAACUUUAAAGCUAACAAUGUAAAUGUCAAAAAAAUAAUGAUAAAAACAUUUAAAUUUUGUUUAUCAUGUAUGAGAUGAUAAUGAUGAUGUUGAGUAGAUGAAAAUGAUCAGUAUAUGUAUGUGUAUGUUUGUUAAAAACUUUAAAGGAUACUUUGAGUGUCACACCGAUAAUUUAGUUGUUUAGUAAUUAAAUACGAGUUUCAAAAUAUCUCGACAUAAUUUGAUAUAUGCCACUAAUUGGUAUUUAUCAAAAAUUAUAAUUCUGAGAAUUAUUCAAAAGCUUCUGACUCUCAUUUGAGAUUUAAUUUUUAUUAAUUAUUAUCAUUUUAUUAUUAUUUUUUAAUUAUUAUCAUUAAAAUUAUAUAUUAUAUAUAUAUUUAUAGAUAUUGCUUUAUAUCUGAGAUUAUUCAAAUGAUGGCUGACUGAUCGCACACAAUGAUUGUUAUUAUUAUCAAUGAAAAAAAAAAUAUAAACAAGGAAUAAAAUUUAAUCUAUCAAAUUUAAAUAUUUGUUAAUAUUAUUAAGUUGGGUUUUUUUUUUUUCUUUUAUUUAUAUAAAUGUUCAAUAAAUGAACUUGAAAUUGUAGUUAACCAAAAUUUUAACGCAACAAUAUUAUUAUUAUUAUUAUUACCAUUAUUAUUAUAUUAUAUUAUAAUUAAUAUUAAAGCAUUUGUUUUUUUAUUAUCAAUAUGUUUAAAAUUAUCAUGAUAACCAUUUAUUAUAAAUAAAUGGGCUUUCAUUUCAAAUAAAUAAUUUCUUUUUUAAAUAAUUUCUUUUUUUUUUUUUUUUAAAGUUAUAUGCAUUCCUUAUUGAAGACUGUCACACACUACAUAUUUUUGUUAUAAAAAAAAAAAUGAAAAAAAAAUAAUAACAACAAUAUAGAAUUUUUAAUUUUAUUAUUUUUUUUCCUUAAUUUUCAACAGAUUCAUUAUGAAAUUAAUUUAAUUUAAUUUAAUUUUUUUUUCGUUUCUUUUUUAUGUUUUUCUUUUGUUUUCAGUUUAAUUGUUUUUUAGUUGAAAAGAAUUAUUUUUAAUUAAAAAAAUUAAGUAUAUGGAAAUGAAGGAUCAAAAUUUUUUUGUAUUUGAUACAAAAUAUGAAAAAAUAAAGAAGAUAAAUUAUUUUUGUUACUCGCUUUUUUGAUCGACUGAUCGUGUAUGUGUGUAUUCAAGUUUUUUGAAUUAAGUUUUGAAGUAUAAAAAAAUUUAAACAGAUUUGAAAAUUGAAAUUUGAAUGACGAAAAGUCAAAGAUGUUUUAAUGAUUAUUACUUGUAUCAUUUAUUUAUUUAAUAUAAUAAUAAUAAUUUUUUUUUUUGUUGUAUUUUAAAUGUUUAAAAUUAAUUAAUUAUUGAGUCAGUAACUAAACAUCGUGAAAAAUAAAUAAAUAAAUAAAAAGUAUUUGACUCUUUCAUAUACUAUUUCAAUGAAUCGUAUUUUUUUUUUCGACUAAUUAAAAUUGAAAAGUAAAUUAAUAAAAACCAAAAUCUCGCCUGUACAUAUUAUUAUAUAACGAAAAAUAAAAAAACAAAAAAAAUAUCUUCAAUAAAUAAUCUGUUAUUAUUGUUACGUUUAAAUAUGUUACCAAGAUUAUAUUUUUUUUGCUGGUAAUAUUGUUUUAGGUAUUACGAAAAAAAAAAUAAUUACUAUUUCGAUAUUUCUCUAAGUACGUGUGUAUAAAUACAAAAAAAAAAAAAAAAUAAUAAUAUGCGUACGAUAAUCAUUCUAAAUUAUCAAUGUUAAUUGUUUUAAAUUUUCAUAUUAUUAUUUUCUUUUUUUUUGUCUAUUUUAACUUUUUAUUUUCUUUAUGAGAAAAAACGAAAAAUAAUAAUUCUCAUUUAUAUUUUAACAAGGUUUUGAAUACAACGCGAAAGACUCAGUGAUGAAUUAUCAUCAACAUUAUUUUAUAUAAAAAUAUAUUAAAUAAUAAUUUUAUUUCCCUAGAUAAAUUCACUGUGACUAUUUUUUCACAACUAAAUUUACAAAAAUAUCAAAUGCAUUUAAUUGAAAUUCGUGUCAAAUUACUAGCCUCAAUUAUUGGCAUACAAAUAAAUAAACAACAAACAUUGACACGAUAAUCCAUGCAAAAAAAAAAAACAAAUAAACUAAUAAAAAAAAAUAUAAAUAUAUAUAUGUAUAAAUAAAUUUCUUAUUGUAAAAUUGUCGAAAUAAUAAUCCAGUGCUAUUUAUAAUUAUUGAAAAAUAUAAUUAGUAGUGUACAAAAGUUAAAUUAAAAAACAAAAAAUAACAAAAAAAAAAAAAUAA